UCGGUAUGACGCGUAUCAUAUACUUUGGCGAUUUGCUGGCUUACUGCCCACUGUACCGGUGAGUGUAGCCGCGGUCGCAUUCGUCUGCUGCAGAUAUCCGCCUGUCCCCGUCGAACCGUCAUCGGUAUUGAAGUAAUAAUAAUAAAAUAUUCGGACCGGAGCGAGCAACAACCACUGAUACCGACGCAUACCGUCCGCGAACAUAUUGAUUUCAUCGGUAAAAUACGUAUUACUCGUAUCGACAACCCGUCCAAACGGUGGCGGCCGUGAUGACCGUACUAGGGGUCUGCCUGGCUCCGCUGAUGAUAUUCGUUGGUUUCGCGCAGUGCGUCCUGUUCUCCGACGGACAGUCCACCGGCGGAUUGGACGUCGACGGAGGAGGCCGCGUUGGAGGUAGUGUCGGCGACGGCGGUGGAGGUAGCGAAGACGACCACCACCCGCACACCCCGACGAUCAGCACAGCGGUCAAGAGCUGCUUGGCUGGGGCCGACCCGUUCCUGCCGUGUAUCAACGAGCAAGCCAUGGCCGCCAUCGAACAGACGGAAUCCAUGGACUCGGUGCUCCUGGACUCGGGACUGGAGAUUUCCAGACGUCCCAGCACAGACGCUUUCGCCGCUCCACGGGGAGUCUAUUCGUUGGGCGAUAACCCGUAUAACGUCGGUGCAGUCAUUGAAGCUGCGUCCUCGUUGCUUUCCAGGCGAACGUUUUGUUGGGACAUGAGUCUCUUGUAUCCCGGGCUGCAGAUGCGAAUCGGUCCCACGUACACCGGCAGAGGAAUAAUCGAUUUCAUCGUAGACCCCAGACGUAAAUUCGACGACCGGAGUUUGGGCUAUGGACACAUGAUAUUCAAAAGAUCAUUUUUGCCAAACGUGUUGGCUACUCAAAUAAGUAUAGCUUCGGUUAUUCCGAUAAUAUUCGCUGCGAUAUAUUUUCUGACAAAAAAAGCGUUCAUAUUGUCAAAGAUUGCGUUAGUCGUCACCAGCGUGGUAGGCUACGGGUCGUUGUUUUUACACCACACCAGCAAGCCUUUAGCAGGCCACUCGUUCGGUAGUCAUCAACCGUUCGACGGCUUCAAUCCGUUUGGCAGCUCAUAUCACAGUCCGGUAGGCGGUCUUCAUCAUCAACACCAUCAUCCGAUCGGUGGCCCUCACAACGCGUUCGUCGGCGACAUCAGGGGCGACAAGUUUUACGGGAGCUCAAGCGGAUUUCAACAGAUUUCCUCCUCCAAACCAUCAUCGCUGUUCCGCGGGGUCAAUUACUUCCCCCAAGAUGACGAUCAUACCAAGUACACGGAAUCCGCAGACAGAAACAAAAAAGAAACGGAAUAAAUGUAGCUCUCACCAAAAUAUUGUGUUGACAUAAUAUUGUUAUGGUGCAUAAUAUUAUGUUUUAAGCACGCAAACGUUCGCUAUUAAAUGUAUGAGAUCACGGUUAAACACUUAAACGCACUUUGACUUAAGCCGUUUUGAUGAAUAGUUUUUUUUUUUUUUAUUGGAAUACUAUUUAAAUAAUAGCAUAUAAUAUUGUAUU